GUUCGAUUGACGCUUCUACUUCUUUUUUACUCUUUUUACUACCUCUUUUACUGUUUAUUUCUACUUCUUUCUUACUUCAUUCAUCCACUCCUACGCUUUCUCCCCUCACUUUAGCCCUUCAACCUGGCUUACUUCACUCCUACCCGAUUUAAUACUCCUCCAAUGUGUCGCAUGCUUCUUUACAAGGGCAACCAGCCCAUUCAAUUGGCACAUCUAUUGACCAAACCAGCGCAUUCGAUCAUUAACCAAUCUUUUGACUCAAGGUUACGUCUCGAUACUAGAAGACCCAUCAAUGGUGACGGCUUUGGAGUGGGAUGGUAUGAGUCAGAGCCUGAUCCUGAGCUAGGUGCCGCUCCUUGCAUUUUCACUUCAGUCACACCCGCUUGGAACAACAUGAACUUGAUUCGAUUGGCAGAAAAAAUUAAAAGUCCUUUGGUUUUUGCUCAUGUAAGGGCAUCUACAGCAGGAUCAGUUUCGGAAAGCAAUUGUCAUCCAUGGCAGUAUGGACGGCUCAUGUUCAUGCACAAUGGUAACAUUGCCGAUUUUCAUUUGAUCAAACGCAAAGUACAGGAAUCGUUAAAGGAUGAAAUUUUUUUGACAGUCAACGGAAACACAGAUUCUGAAUGGGCUUUUGCUGUGUUUCUUAGCCAAUUGAAGACACCAUUGCAGACGGAGCCAUUUUGCUAUAGUGUCCUCAAAGAAGCCAUGCUCAAAACGAUUGCCAAGCUCAAUGCAUGGAGCAAGGAUGCUGGGAUCACAGAGGCCUCAAUGAUGAACUUUGCAGUGACAGAUGGCGUCAGUGUAGUUUGCUCUCGAUAUAUUAGUUCAAAGACAUUGGAAGCAGCGAGCCUAUACUUUUCAUCAGGCACCAGAUUCGAGAGUUAUAAACCUGGACACUAUCGAAUGAUCAAGGCGGAUAAACGAGAAGAUAUUGUUGUGAUUGCUUCAGAACCGCUGACGUUUGAAAAAGCAGAUUGGCUGACGAUCCCGACGAAUACUUUGGUGGUGAUUACCUCGAAGUUAAAUGUGUUGAUGUAUCCUAUUGUGGAUGAAUAUCAUAAUCCAUCGCCAUUAGGCCGUGCGCCAGAGCAGUCAACAGUUGCAGUCGUCAAAGGCGAAGGUCGUGGUGAUGGAGCACGUGACCCUAAUCAUCGAGAGGUUGUAUUUGUAGAAGAUAGGAGGACGCUUCCAGUUUUAAAUUCGACUCGUUCAUUAAACGGGGGUCCAUCAGCGCCAGUAGCCAAAGUCGAUUCACCAACGCCAGCGUCUGUACCGAAUACACCGUCAUUGAGGUCGAGUUUACCUCCUCAACCACAAGAGGCUAGUUCAACAAGUGCCUCUGGAGCAUCUAUGGUGGCAGUUUAGGCACAAACAAAAGACAGAAGAGUAAUUGGUGC